GUUUCUGUGUUUACAGGCCGACACCAUGUUGCAGACUCUGGUCCUCCUGCUGCUGCUGCAGCUAGCAUACGGUUGGUAGUGGGUGUUAACUGCAGACAUUAAAAAGCAAAAGGAUCAUGCUGUUAAUAUAUUUAUGCUAAUGUGUUUGUAGUCUUCGGGUGUGGUACCCCUGCUGUCAAACCUGACAUCGGCAGGGUGGUGAACGGUGAAGAUGCUCGCCCCAACAGCUGGCCCUGGCAGGUACUCUAAUCUUCAUGCAGAUGCUGUUUUCUUAAUUUGGAAACAUGUUUUAAUGAUUCUUGUGUCUGUUCUCAGAUCUCCCUGCAGGUGAAGCACGGCAGCCGUUUCCAUCACACCUGUGGAGGGACUCUGAUCGCACCUCGCUGGGUGCUGACUGCAGGACACUGCAUCUGGUGACCAACUCUGAAUGAAAUACUCUUUCCUAAGCGUGUGCAUACUGUUUUGACAGGGUUAAAAGAAGAGUAUCCAAGCAUAUUUAUAGACUUAAAAGAGAGUGUGUGUGCAUAAAGUGCAUUAAUAACAUGAGUGUGUUGCAGGCCCAGCACUACGCACCGAGUAGUUUUGGGAGAGCACAGCAUGAGCCAGCAGGAGGGCACCGAGCAGAUCAGAGAUGUUCUGCGUAUCGUUGUGCACCCACAGUGGGACAUUGACUUCAUCUCUCAUGGGUGAGUUCAUUUCAGGUUGCAAAUAACUAAUUUUGCUAAGUACUAAAAAUCAAUGAAAAACACCAAACUUUCUGUGUAAUUGACCUCUUUUUGGGAAGUAUAUCCAGUGACUUACUCAUAUGUUUAACUCUCAUGGUUUCCUCUCAGAAACGACCUGGCCCUUCUGAAGCUGGAUAAAGCUCCCAUCAUGACUGACAGUGUGAGUGUUGCCUGUCUUCCAGAGGCUGGAGAGAUCCCUGCACACGGACAGCCAUGUUACAUCUCCGGUUGGGGAAACCUUUACUGUGAGUUCAGCAUUGUGAUGUCUCCUGCCAUGGUUUUAUUAAUCUUACAUAUCCCUUUAUUGUGUUUGUGCUGAUUUGCAUUCAUUUUCUGUUUAUUAAUAUCCCUGCAUGCUUGUUCAUGGUAAAUUUUUUCAAUAUUUCAUGCUGAUGUCUCACAUCAUCAAACCCUGACUUCAAACAGACUUUUUUGUAGAUGCAGAAAAGGGAAAAACAGCUAAGGCCAAUGCUGUUUGUAUUUAGAUAUGCUGAAAAUCUCAGAAUUUUCAGAUGUUUUUUAAAAGUUUUUUGCAUGCGUGCACACGGCCUGUUUACCCUCCUUUACUCUGACUGCAGCAGACCACAGCAAGAAUCUGUUGGUUGUCACGUACACCACAAUCCCAAGGUACUUUUACUCUUCAUGAGUUUUUUGCAUUUUGAAGUUUGUAACUUAUUUAUAUUUUUGUUUUAUUGACAAGUUCAGUAUCUGUUAGAUUUCAUUUACACACUCACACACACACAAAAUAAAUAUAUAAAAAUGACACAUGCCAGUUUAUUUUAGAACUUUGCAUGGCACUCUGAAUAAAAUACAAAUUAAGCAUAAUUGUCAUGAGCUGCAAAUCCGUUGAGAUGAAUAAUUUGAGUCACAAGUAACAUUUUUAUCUCACCCAGCUAUCCUGUAUCCCUGCCCAGAUCUUGGUGGAGUUUGUGGUUUUGUUGCUUCACAUCUGUUUUCUUGUCUUUUUUUACUCACUUCCUUGUAUACUUAUUGCUGCUUUGAGGAACUUUUGUAUCAGUUUUGGUGCCCCCUGUUGACAAAGUGAUACUCUUUUUUUUUUAGACUCUGACCCCUUCCUACCUGAAGAUGGAUCAGUAUCAGAUUUAGACAGUUUCUCAGCCAGUUAAAACUUCUCACAGCGUGUUUAAAUAUCACGUACUUGUUUCAUGCUUAUUUCCUUCCUCUGCUGGUGAUUAACAACCAAUCUGCUAAUGGAGCUUUGCAGCUAACCCCAACCCUAACACUGUUAUCACAUAAAAUGUUCACUAUAGAUGUGACAUUUGACCAGCAGGAUGAGAUUUAUCGUUUUUUCAAAGUCAUCACUAAACCAAAGAUUUCUCACAGGAGUUUAGAUACUGCCAGUUCAUGAGCAAAAGAGUUGGGACACAAAAAGUGGAUGAAGCCCUUUGAUUUUUUUAGAAAUACUGAAGACUUUUUUCCUGCAUUUGAACUAAUGACCAGCAGGGGGAGACACUAAUGGUUGCUAAAAAGAAAAAGAUCUGUUAAAGGAGGUUAGACAAUAACUAAACCCCUUACUUGAUUUGUAUCUUGCUAACCUUUUCCCCCAGGUGUUUGUGAGCUUAGUGUCGCCAUCUGUGAUCGUCAUGUUGCAACCACAGAGAUCUGCUGAGUAGAAAGAAAACCCCUCCAGUCUAAAUAGGAUCAUUUUUAACUGAAUAAAAAGUGCCAAAGUUAGUGUCUGAAAAUGUCACUGGGUGGCGUCAAAGUCAGUCUUUGGGAGCUUCUCCAGUUGGUUAAAUACGAUGAGUUUUCUCCCUUUUGUAUAUGAUGUUUGCAUGCAUGUCUGAGCUGCUCUGUCCUCGCUAUCUCAGCUCAUGGCCCCAUGCCUGAUAAGCUGCAGCAGGCCCUGCUGCCCGUGGUGGGACACAGUGUCUGCAGCCAAAGCGACUGGUGGGGAGGCAAUGUGAAGGAAACCAUGGUCUGUGCAGGAGGAGACGUCGUGUCUGGAUGCAAUGUGUGUGAUAAAACAGCUUGUACUUUUCAGACAUGAAAAACCUGCAGUGAGAGUGUGUGGUUACUUUAAACUGUCACUGUGUGUCUCUCAGGGGGACUCUGGCGGUCCUCUGAACUGUCAGGGUCAGGAUGGUAGGUGGUAUGUCCAGGGUGUGACCAGCUUCGUCUCUGCUAGAAACUGCAAUGAGGUGAAGAAGCCCACUGUGUUUACCCGCACCUCUGCCUUCACCGACUGGCUGAGUCAGGUGAGGCCUUCACUAAACUCCCUGCAUGUAUCUCUAAGAAAUAAAGCACUUCAUGUGUUAAUAAGUAUUUUUUUUCUCUUUAGGUCAUGCUGAAAUACUAAAGAUCUUCUCCACACCAGCUGAUCGACUCUGAGGAAUAAUGAGCUGCAGAGUUUCUCUGAUCAUGUUCAAAUUAUCUGCUGAACUGGAACAAAACCUCCACCAUCACCACAAAAAAUUCAAGUCAAAAAAGCUGCAAAACAUCUGAAUAAUUGUCAUAAAGAAGAUUAAAUCUUUGUGUGCCUUUGCCAGUUUGCUUCUAUUAUUUAAAGAUGUUUGAUACAAUCUCAUAAUCAGCAGACAUGGAAAGUUUUAAAUACUUUUAUUUUUUCAGUUUUCUGGUUUAAUAAAAAAAGUUUCACUAAAACCA